AAAAAAGAAAAAAACCUUCGUCGCCCUUUCUCUCGUCCUCUUUCGCCCUUUCUCUCUCUCUCUCUCUCUCUCUCUUUCUCGUUCGCCUCCGCUCCUUCCCUGCCCCGUCACCUCUGCAGCUCCGCUACUCCCGCUGGCGGGCUUCUACCUCUCGCUUGCCUAAAUAGAUCCGCUCCACAGCCGCUUACUCCCUGCGGAUUGGCCUCAGAGAGGAUGGCUGAUGAAGCUUUCAAAGACGGUAGCAGUUCAAUGCAAGAAGUCGGUGAUGGAUCAGACUCAACUAUCGAAAUCAAUGUCAAAACUCUUGAUUCUCAGAUUUAUAAAUUUCGUGUUCGCAAAGAUUUGCCGAUACCUGCUUUGAAGGAGAAGAUUGUAGGUGUGACUGGUGUUCCAAUGGACCAGCAGCGGCUGAUAUUUAGAGGAAAAGUUCUGAAGGAUGAUCACCUCUUAUCGGAAUAUCAUGUGGAAGAUGGGCAUACACUGCAUUUGGUUGCUAGACAACCAGCUCAACCACAACGUCCUACUGAACCAGGGGCAGCUUCAGAAGAUAGCAGUCGUAAUAAUGGAAAUGAAACGAUUGGAAAUGCACAGCAGAACAGGACGGGACAAGUUUCGCAUAGUGUCGUUGUUGGGACUGUAAAUAUUGCUGACCAGGGCGAAGGGAUGGGAGCUGAUAUUGCUAGGGGUAUUGGGGAACUUCUGCGUUCUUUGGGGCUUGGGAUUCUUGCUCCUGCUGGAGGAGUUAGCAGCACUUCAUCUACUUCGGUCCCACCAAAUGGUGAAACCGAAGGGCCACAGAAUGCUGGUAGUAGAACUCAACCUGGAAAUCCUGUGCAGCCAGGAUUUGCAAUUCUCAAUCACCAACUUCAAAUAUCACCUCUUCUCCCGGCAGCAUUAUCUCGUCAUACGGUUAUUCCUGAUUCCUUGGCUACCCUUUUGGAGUUCAUCAAUCGCAUGGACCUAGCAUUGCAGAACUAUGGUUAUCACUCUUCUGCUGCUACCAAUGUUCAGCAUCCACAGAGGUCUGAUGCCGCUCCUUCUAGGUCAAGAGAUCUACCAACUCCAGAGGUCUUGGGUUCAGUUAUUGAGCGAGCACGGCAACUUCUUACUGGCAGUGCUGCAUCUGCACUUUCUCAUAUUGCACAACGUCUGGAGGGAGAGGCCACUUCAAUUGAUGCAGCUGUGCGGACUCGGAUUCAAAAUGAGGCGAUGCAUGCAGGACUAGCUAUGCAGCAUUUAGGUGCUAUGCUUUUGGAGCUUGGUCGGACAACUAUGACACUUCGCAUGGGGCAAUCUCCUGCUGAAUCUUUUGUAAACUCUGGACCCUCAGUUUAUAUAUCUGCUACAGGUCCAAAUCCUAUUAUGGUUCAGCCUUUUCCUCUUCAGACUAGCUCCUUGUUUGGUGUUAGUCCUACCCCUUUUGUAAAUGGAGCUACUGGUCCAUUGGCUGGUGGAGAUCCUUCGAGAAACAUCAACAUCCAUAUUCAUGCUGGUACUUCAACAACUGGUGGUGGUUCAACUGCUGGUACAAGGACAACUUCAGGUGAUGCUGCUCAUGGAGAACAGCCUAACAUGGAACAAGUUGCCCAAGGUGGAAAUAUUUCAGGUGAUUCAGCUUCUUCAGUGCGAGGGAUGCCAGCAAGGACAGUGGUUGCAGCUAUACCGGCACGCUCACCUGCUGAGAGUGGAAAUCAUGUUCUAAGUGUUAUUUACCCUAUUCAAGUGAGGCCUCAAUCACCAUCACUCCCUAACCAACCGGCCCCUCAGCCCAAUGCGGCCGUUGUUAUCCCACAAACUUUCUCAGGGCCUGGUGGUAUCCCUGCGGUAGUUGCACAGAUUAAUGCACGCGCCACUAGUGCUUUAUCUGGGAAUGUGCCAGGCCAGAAUUUAUCAUCUUUUACUUUAAGAAACGAAGCACAAGUAUCUCAUCCAACUGUGAACAUUGGAGCACAACCUGCUAUUACAUCUAACCCAUUUCCUCCAACUUUCUCAGAGGCAGGUUCUGGGUCUGCACUUUCUGCUUCAACAAGUGCACAGAAUGAUAAUGCAUUGUCCAGUGCUACUGCAGGGAGUAGCUUGUCAUCUUCAUCAUCAAACACGAUUGUGCUUGAUAAUAUUAAUCGCGGUGAUUCUGCAGCUGGAUCAUCAAAUAGGGAACAUAGUGAUGUUCCCUCCAGUUCAUCAGCUGAUAAGUCGAUGGAGAAAAAUUCCCAGCCAGAUGGACAUAUGGGCGCUUCUCGACCCAGCUCUGAAAGUGAUAUGCCUGCUCCCUUGGGGUUAGGUUUUGGGAGUUUGCAGCCUAAGAGACGCAAACCAGCAAAACCUAGCGGGAGUGAAACCUCUUCGGUAAAUCAAAAUCAGCAAUCAAUCACUAGGGGCCAGCAGAUUCCGCGAUCUCUUGUGUCACAAAGCUCCGAUUCAAAUAGUCCAAUGAAUGACCAAGGCUCCUCCAUUCCAACACCGUCCUCUACUGUAGGACAAGCCAAUGUUAGCAAUAUGAUAUCGCGGGUCCUCCAGACCCCUGUUUUCAACAAUCUUUUGACAAAUGUAGCCGAGCAGACUGGCGUCAGCUCGCCCACUGAUUUGAGGAGCAUGAUGGAACAGUGCAUGCGGAGCCCUGCAUUAAGGAGUGCGCUGGAUGGUAUGGUUCAACAGGCUGAAGGACAAGGUGGCGGCGGCCAAGAACUUGGGAGCAUGUUACUCGGUUUGGGUGGUCAGGGUGGGCUUGGUUUUUCAAGGAUGAUUCAGCAGAUGAUGCCUGUUGUCUCACAAGCUCUAAGCGGAGGAUCUCCAUGGGCUACAGCGGUCAAUGGUGUGCAAUCUGAACCUCGGCACCUGAGGAAUGAUAGUAGAAUUUGUCAAUCUGACAUGUCAAACAACAGGGAUACUUUGAUUGAUCUCCAUCAAGCUUGUGAAAGAAUUGCACGGCAUGAUUCCCCUGCAGAUAUUUUUCAUGCUGUGCUUGAAGGUGCUGGUCGUCUGAAUGGUGAAGAUAACAGCUUCCAUGAUCUUGCUGGGGAACUUAGUGGGAAUACAGAGCUUGCAAAUGAAUAUAUGAGUAUCUUGCGCAAUCAAAUUCACCAGAGGCUGCAGUCAGAAUCCAACUCCGAAAACAAGUCAUAAGAUCCAUAUUUUUUACUUCUAUACAAAGCUGAUCCUCUUUUUUGUCGCAUAAUUUGAGAUGCGUCUUAUGAAGGAUUUGUUAAACAAGAUUUUUUCAGCCCAAACUUGGAUUUUGCUGGAUACUGCAAGUGUUUAAGUACAGUCUGGUCUCGUCUGUUGUGAAAAGUCUAUACUUAUUAUCACCAUGGGGUUACGCUAGAUGUGCUUUCAUAAAUGUCCGUCUAGUGUAUUACCAUAGAUACACCUUUUGUAAAUGUGUAACAGCUACUUUAGGGUUUUAUAUACUCGUCAUCUUCUUGGGAACUUACGUGAAUAUUUGACAGUUAUCUAAAUGUAUGACUGCCUUGAAGAUUGGCACAUACCCUAAGAUGUGCUUUUGAGAUAAUAUAUCAUCUAAUUUUGUACAUUAGAUGAUCCCCAAGAGAUAGCGGCUUUGGUGUUUUCUGUGAAUGAUUGUGAAGAAAAUAUUGUGUAAUAAUACCUGUGGCACUUGAGUGUGA